CCAAUUCUUUUCCUGAAAUUGAAAGAUGCAUUAAUUGAGACUGCCAAUAUGAUAUCCCAAUGUUGUCACCUCAAAAAAGGUCUAUAUAAACUUAUAACAAGAAAACUCAAGUCAGUGUAAACCUUUUAAUUGCAUAAAACUUGCUCAGUUUGAAGGCUAGCCAACCACAAGACAUGGAGCAAGAACUAGAUCUCUCCAAGAGCUUUGACAAGAAAGAAGCUGUCAUCAUGCAGAAUAUCAAUGACGAUGAGAUUUUCCCACCUGAAAAAACCAGCAAUAUUCUUAACACAAGGACAACAGAAAGCAAUAAAAAGGCUAACAAAGGCUUAAUAAAGAUGCGAAGCCUGGACUUUGCAAAGGAUUCACCAAUACAUGGAAAAUCAUUUCGUCAUGCAAGAUCAUUUAGUUGUCAUUUUCUAAUAAACAUAGAUGAGAUGAUGAAUCCUGACGCCGAUAAUGAAAAAGGUGCACUUAUGAGCAAGACUUCAAGUGGAUCCUCCAUUUCCUCAUCAAGCAUCUAUGAUAACAUGACAUUAGAAAAUUCACAAAAAAAGAACAAUAUGUUGGAAUUGAAGGAUCAGGAGGAUCAAGAUUCAUGCAGCUGGAGAAGAAUUCAAAUUGAGCCUACCUUACGUAUAUGUCUCAAGUUUCAAGAUCUGAAGUACACAGUGGCAUCAAAAGGAGUGGAGAAUUCUGAUGCAGAAAAGUGCAUACUUCAAGGAGUGAGUGGUUCCGCCUCUCCAGGAGAAAUUCUUGCUUUAAUGGGACCUUCAGGUGGUGGUAAAACAACCCUACUCAAACUUCUAAGUGGAAAUGUAAAAAAUGAUAGUGGCAUGAUUACUUACAAUGACCAGCCAUAUAACAAGUCAUUGAAACAAAAGAUCGGGUUUGUGCUGCAAGAUGAUGUUGUUUUUCCCCAUCUCACUGUAAAAGAAACCUUAAUAUAUGCUGCUUUGCUUCGUCUCCCCAAUACGUUAUCUAAAGAGCAAAAGAAAGAGAGAGCUAUUAGAGUUAUAAAUGAGCUUGGCCUAGAAAGGUGCCAAGACACAAUAAUUGGAGGGGCAUUUGUUAGAGGAAUUUCAGGAGGCGAAAGAAAACGAGUAUGCAUUGGAAAUGAAAUUCUUCUGAAUCCAUCACUUUUGUUCCUAGAUGAACCAACAUCUGGUCUGGAUUCAACCACAGCACUUCGAAUCAUGCAGAUGUUACACAACAUUUCCAGGGCUGGCAAGACAGUGGUAACGACAAUACAUCAGCCAUCGAGUAGAUUAUUCAGCAGAUUCGAUAAGUUGAUUCUAUUGGGACAAGGAAACUCACUGUAUUUUGGCAAAGCCUCUGAGGCAAUGCUAUAUUUCUCUUCAAUUGGUUGUUCUCCCCUUAGAGCCAUGAAUCCAGCAGAGUUUCUAAUUGAUCUUGCAAAUGGAAAUAUAACAGACAAGUCUAUUCCUUCAGAUCUAGAGAACCAUCAUUUCAAAGGCCAAUAUGGAGGACCUUCCGCAGCUGAUGUUCAUGAGUAUUUCGUUGGGGCUUAUGAGUCAAGGGUUGCCAAGAUAGAGAAAAUAAAGCUCCUGAAUCAUCGCCUAAUAGAAGAAGAUCCCGAAGUGCAGAGUUGGCCUAAUUCAAGAGAUUCUGGUGCAACCUGGUGCCAACAGUUUUCAAUUCUUUUCAGGAGAGGUUUUAAGGAGCGAAGCCACGAGUAUUUCAGCAGUCUCCGGAUAACUCAAGUCAUCGCAACAGCUAUUAUUGUUGGCUUACUAUGGUGGCAAUCAGAUACUUCAUCACCUAAACGAGUUUCAGAUCAGGCAGGGCUGUUAUUCUUUAUUUCAGUAUUUUGGGCUUUCUUUCCCCUGUUUACAGCAAUCUUCACGUUCCCACAAGAAAGGGCUAUGUUGGCUAAAGAAAGAUCAGUGAACAUGUACAAGCUGAGUGCCUAUUUCAUAGCCAGAAUCACUACUGAUCUGCUCCUGGACCUAGUGUUGCCUGUGACAUUCUUGGUGAUUGUCUACUUUAUGGUUGGAUUGAAGCUGACAUUCCUUGCAUUUUCUUUAACUUUGCUCACACUUUUACUCAGCAUAAUUGCUGCUCAGGGCUUAGGUUUGGCUAUAGGUGCAGGAUUCAUGGAUGUGAAGAAGGCAACAACUUUUGCUUCUGUUAUUCUCAUGACAUUCAUGUUGUCUGGAGGAUUCUUUGUCCAGGAAGUUCCAGUAUUCAUGUCGUGGGUUCGCUAUAUCUCCAUCAAUUAUCAAACAUACAGACUUCUGUUAAGGAUUCAGUACAACUCCUUGAGAAGUUCAAAGCAUGGAAAGGGGAUUGAGUCUAGUGGAGUUCAAGUAGGAGCAAUGUUGGUGAUGAUUAUUGGAUAUAGGAUGUUAGCCUACUUCCUCCUAAGAAAAAUGAAACUAAGAACAACUACAUGAUUGAAUAUAUAUUUUUUUUAAUUAUUGUUCAAGCUCCAAUUCCUACCAAUAAGUUGUAACUACAACAUUCUGUACUGUGUUCUUUCUUAAUUUAUUUUAUAUGUUUCCUUAUUCUUACUAA